AUGAAUAGCAAAACAUUAUCAGAAGGUAAUUUGGCAAUGUUCCUUUAAAGUAACUACGGUAAAUUCUUUUUUUUUCAGAAAAAAGAAAGUGAAGAAAAUCGUAGUCUUUCGAAAUUUGUGCGACAACGUCGUAAAAAAUCGCCGAAUUCGACAUCGAAAUCGAAAUGGAAUCCAUUUAAGGUAAACACACGUCGUGCCAGAACAAAGGGAAAAGAUAAUUUCGUGGAGACGCAGAGAUUUUGUGUGGUCUCGCAGCGAUGCACCUGGGGGACCGGGGAGAGUACGGUUUGAAGCUUGGUCUCGCAGCGAUUCACCUGAGGAACCGGGGCGAGUACGGUUUCGGCAAUUGGUCUCGCAGCGAUGCACCUGGGGGACCGGGGAGGAGUACUGUGUCUUUUUUUCUCUGCGUCUCCUCGGAUUUGUGUGGUGGCACGACGUGAACACAGCUGAAAACACUGCUACCGUACUUGUUUGCGGGUCUUGAAGAGAACUAGAACACAUUCAAAUUAUCGAUUUUUGCUGAAAAUCCAGUGGCCGUGGCCGAGAAAUGUCGGGGAUUCGGCCAACACACUGCAUUAUUUUCGAAACGAUUUUCAUGCGCUGGCCGAAGUCCCGACAUUUCUCGGCCACGGCCACGGUCACAUAUUGAUUUUUUUCCCGCAGAAAAUCGCGAAAAUCGUCACCGGCGCCUCCUCCACCACCACCACUUCUUCUUCCGAACCCACCGAUGUUCUUCUGGCCGAAGAUUGCGUCAUGCGUUGGACUGCCACGUGUCUCAACGCAACCUGCCCGAUUUUCGCCAAAAACCCACAAUUCAACAUGACCUACUGCACAAUUCCAUCAUUGCUCAUGUUUAUUUGCGUGAAAUUUGCGUCGGAGGCGGUGGGAGCCAAGUUUAUGGACAGAUUGUUUGAGCUGAGCGAGCAGGAUUUGGCGGGUGAGCAAUUUUUUGAGUACGGUAUGGAACCUGCACAUCUAACUCGAUUUCUUUGCUUCAUUUAGUCAGUCGCGUGCGGCUCUGCGUCGCGGUCGGCAAACAAAGUGAAUAUUUGCUUGUUCCCCGACCGCGACGCACAGCCGCACGCGACUGACGAAGUGAAUGAAUGAAAAACUUGACUUCGUCAGACGCGUGCGGCUGUGCGUCGCGGUCGGGAAAUAAUCAAUAUUUUUUCUUUGUUUCCCAACCGCGACGCACAGCCGCACGCGACUGACGAAGUGAGCAAACAACCGUAUAACCUGCGUGCAACAUUUUUGUUGGUUUUCUUCGUCAUAAAUCGAGUUAGAUGUGCAGGUUCUACCGUACUUUAGAAGAUUUUUUUCUGUUUUUGGACAAUAAUAUGUCGAAUUUGAACUUCGUCAGACGCGUGCGGCUAUGCGUCGCGGUCGGGAAACAAAGUGAAUAUUUGCUUGUUUGCCGACCGCGACGCAUAGCCGCACGCGACUGACGAAGUGCAUGGAUGAAAAACACUCCACUUCGUCAGUCGCGUGCGGCUCUGCGUCGCGGUCAGGAAACAAAGUAAAUUAUUGCUUGCUUCCCGACCGCGACGCACAGCCGCACGCGGCUGAAGUUUUUCAUUAAAAACUGCACUUUUUUUCAAAUUGUGUCCAAAAACAGAACAAACCAGUUGAAGUACGGUAGAACCUGCACAUCUAACUCGAUUUCUGAACAGAAAACCAACAAAAAUGUUGUUUCGUCAGUCGCGUGCGGCUAUGCGUCGCGGUCAGGAAACAAAGUGAAUUAUUGCUUUGUUUGCCGACCGCGACGCACAGCCGCUAUGCGUCGCGGUCGGCAAAAAAUCAAUAUAUAUUUAAAUUGUAUUCAGAACUCGCUGAAAUUUGUGAAAUGCUCCAAAAAUGCUCCACUUCUACAAACAACUUUUAUUGUUUUGUGCGAUUUUUGGUGGACGAAGAAAAAACGACGACAGUCAGCAAAGAAUUGAUGGCACAAUGCAAAAAGUUGACGAAUCAAAAGGUGUUCGCCUCAAUUCGACCAUCGCGAGCCAUCAAAUAUUUGGCGGGUUUGAGUUUUGGAGCUCCCGGAGCACUGGAAUUGUCGAGACCCGCACUGCUGACGACGAAUGGAUAUGGAUCGUGUGGAUUGGUGGCGAAAUGGAGUGGAAAAGUUGGUUUUUCCUGGAAAAAAUCAGAAAGUUUGGCAAUUUUCAUGGAGAAACGCUGAAAAAUGAAGAAAGUGCGCUCUAUUGAGAAGCAUGCGUAAUCGCGGAGUCUCGUUGUUUUCAUGAAAAAACACAAAAAAAAAGAAAAAAUUCAAAAAAUAAAAAGAAAACAACGAGGCUCCGCGAUUACGCACAGCCCCCAUUGCUUCUCAAUAGAGCGCACUUUCUCGUUUUCUUCAUUUUUUCAGCUUUUCACCUGAAAAAUGCCAUUUUCCAGCAAAAAAAAAAACAACGAGACUCCGCGAUUACGCUUCUUCUCAAUAGAGCGAACUUUCUCUUUUUCUCGAAUUUUCUGUUUUUUCAGCGUUUCACCUGAAUUUUCCAACAAAAAACAACGAGACUCCGCGUUGACAAUUGAAAUUUUCUGAAUUUUUCCAGACAAAAUCAAUUGGCCGCCAAAGAUUUGCCUCAACUUAUCAUCGAAUGAUAAUGGAACCAUUUUUCGAAUUGUCCACAAAAUUCCGCCGAAUUUCUGAUGAACAUUUCGAUGUUUUUGAGAUUGAUUUUGAAGCUGGAACUUUGAAAAAUCCGGGAUCUUUGCUGAUUUUUCGCCCGCAUUUCAUUGGAAAUUUGCCCUAUUCAAAUCGAACAAUAAAACCCGAAACAAUCGCAAAAAUCAUGACAAAAUUGGAGAAUUCGGAGAGAAUUAGGGGAACUAUUUUGUUGCCCGAAUUUUGUGUCACUUCGAAUCAUGAUUUGUGGAAGAAUCUUCUUCGUCAAGGAGUUCAACCGGAUUUGGGACAAUCGCAAAAACUUCCGCCAAUUGCAUCAUUGCAUCAUUGGACCAGUGUUUGUGUGAAUGAGAGGGGAUUUGUGCGAAAAUUGAGGGAGACUGGAGAAAACAGGUGAGAAAUUUUGAAUUUUGAAUUUUCGCGCUGAUGGAUUUUUGGCGGGAAAUGUAAAUUUUUGAAUUUUCAUGAAAAAAUUUGAAUUUUUUUAUGAAGAAAAUUUGAAUUUGAAUUUUCCCGCCAAAUUGAGCCACGUGGAUAUUUGGCGGGAAACAGAAGAAUUCAAAUUUUCAUUAAAAAAAAAUUUGAAUUUUGAAUUUUCGCGCUGAUGGUUUUUUUGGAGGGAAACAGAAAAAUUAAAAUUUUCAUGAAAAAUUUGAAUUUAAUAUUUUCGCGCUGAUGGUUUUUUGGUGGGAAACAGAAAAAUUCAAAUUUUCAAAUUUUCUCGAAAAAAUUCAAAUUUUCAUGACAAAAAUUCAAAAUUUCAUGAAAAUUUUUAAUUUUAAUGAAAAAUUUGAAUUUUGAAUUUUCGCGCUGAUGGAUUUUUGGCGGGAAACAGAAAAAUUCAAAUUUUUAUUUGAAUUUUUUUUUUUUUUUUAUAUAAUGAAGGUUAUACUGGAAAGAUCCCAUUUUUUUUGAAUCUCAAAAAAAAAUUCAAAUUUUAAAUUUUAGCGCCAAAAUUAUUCACGUGAAUUUUUGGCGGGAAACAGAAUAAUUCAAAUUUCUCGAAAAAAUUCAAAAUUUCAUAAAAAAUUCUAAUUUUUAUGAAAAAAAAUUUAAAUUUGAAUUUGUAUCUUUCCCACCAAUCAAAUUUUCAAAAAGCAGAAGGCCUUUAACAUGAGCAAUAUUUCCAAAAUUUUUUUCAGAAAAAAUUGGAACAUGGUCGAAUCCCACUUCGAUACGAAAAACAUCAACCAUACUCGGCUCGCAUCGAUUCCUCUUUCAGCUACAUUUUUCUGCUCAAAGGUACUUUGACACGUGGAUUUCCCUCACAAAUUCUCCGAUCUUCUUCCAGGCAUCCCAAUCUUCACCGGUUCAUAUUUCGGAAGUUUUCCACCUCGAUCAUCUGAGAUCUUUAUCAAGGUUCCGAAUCAACUUGCAAAAAAUCGUCGUAAAAAAACACCUCCCAAGAAAUAUGUGA